CAAGCAGACUCUCAGUCGUCCGCGCACCUUCUAACCGUAAGGGUGAAUUAUUUUGCGGGAUUGCUAAAUACCAAUAGAUUUUACAUUACUGGUCUUAACGUAGUUGUACAAACAUCCACACUUGUAUCCAUAUAUAUGUACGACAUAUGAAUAUAAAUACAUAUAUCUGUUUAGAUAUAUUACAUGUAUGUGCACAUAUAUGUAUACAUACUGAACUUUAUACCCUUUAUAGCAUACUCAAAAGACUCGUGAGUCUCUCGUGCUGCACUUCACUACUCUUAGUCGAGACUGACCUCGAUAAGUGAGUCGGUGAAGUGGACGGUCAUAAGAGACUUUAAAGAGUAAAAUAAAAAAAAGAAGAUACGCAAGUCGAUGCUUGUAACGGAUGAGAAGCAUUGUUGCGGUUUUUAGUAUCGUACAGGUCCCUGACUGAGCGCUAUUGCGGUGGAAGCGAAAAAGAGUUUGUCAAAAAGUUGUUGCGACGCAACGGAUUUUAUAUCAGUCAAAAAAAAAAAAGAGGUUAAAGUAACAUACAAUGUGAAAAGGAAUUUGUCCGGCAAGAGCAGGGCCCGGAAACACGAGAAGAUUAGACGAAAAUCACGAACGCGUGGCAAGACGUGAAGCGGGGUGGUUGUGGACUCCUGGACUUGGAGGUACUCCUCGUCGGAACACCUAAGGGGAGAUACGGCUGGGUGUCGAGCUCUUAGCCUGCUUUGUGUAAGGACAUUCCCCGACAGCAACACUAUGUUGGAGGCACCUCCAGGCAGUCGGGAAGACCUUGUUGAGGCAGCAAGAACACCUUGCACACCCACAGAUCUGGACACAAUGCUGUAUGGCUACACCAAUGGUAUAUACGUCCUAGAUCAUACGCCUGAAUCCAUGCCGGACAUGGAUAUGCUCCAACUCUUUGCAUCUCCAGCAGGCCGAGCUUUAGUCACUGAAGAUAAUCACAGCCGACGACGUGGGACGACAUCAACGUCCUCAUUAUCCCGAGAAUCAUCACGAUUAAAAAAUUCACGUAGAACUAGUACGACAAUAACCAGUCUCAGCACUCAACCAUCUGGCACACCAAGUCCACCUCCUAGGCAACGAAAAUCCAGUGCUGAACUCUACAAAGAAGCUGUUGAAAUUCUAGGCCUCACGUGUUCGCUCACCGACAGCUGCCGAUGCAUCGAGUGUCAAAGCAAUUACUUUGACUGCGACGAUGACUGCGGAGACGCAAGAACCGAAUUGGCAGCCGGUACACCGAUACUUCUGGAUCACGCUUUGUCCCAUCCACUUACGUGCUCCAUACAGUAGUAAAGACCAAUAACACGUGAGACGAAACCAGGAGUCUCGAUCGAUCUGUCAGCGGUCUACUGUACUUGGGAGCAAAUGUGCUACUAUAGCUCGCGCCUCCUCCUUGCGAGAAAUCACCCAAGAAUAACUCUCUCUUUCUCUCGUUUUAUUUUAUGAUAAUAUACAUACAUAUAUCUAUGUACCUUUUUUGUUCGAUUAUCUACCACACUUUUCUUAUUUCAUCUUCUCACCUUCAACCCGUCCUCUUUUAUUUUCUUAUCCUCAAUAACGUUUCGCAUGUACGUGCGUCAACCAAGGAUCCUUGCGAUAAAAUACAAUCUUAAACUUACUCACUAAAAUAAUGAAAUAAAUGAAAGUAAAAAGAAAAUAAAUGUUGAAACGUCUUAAAAAUUAAUUAAUUACAAAACAUGGAA